GGAGUUCUGGCCACUAAUGAAAUUAAAUAUCCGACAUAUCGAGCUUAAAGUUUAACAUUCAUACUGAUUUGGCAUGAUGCAUCUGCACUUCGAGCGCAAUGUGAAUACAAAAUGCGAUUGCACAAUCUUGUCGCUCUCAUGGAUGGGUAAAGUUCCUGAUGAUAUUCCAGAGGAGGAAGGCUGGAAAUUAAACCGAACAAAUUAUUACCAAGAGGGAUGGCUGGCUACAGGGAAUAUACGUGGCAUUGUUGGUGUAACGUUUACAACUUCGCACUGCCGCAGAAAUAUGGAUUUUCCAUCGCGUUCCAACUACAACCUGCGUGGACAUCGUUCUGAAGUUAUCUUGGUGAAAUGGAAUGAACCAUAUCAGAAGCUGGCAUCGUGUGAUAGCUCCGGCAUUAUAUUUGUAUGGAUAAAGUUUGAAGGCCGAUGGUCUAUUGAAUUGAUUAAUGAUCGCAACACACCAGUUACAUAUUUCUCUUGGUCACACGAUGGACGAAUGGCACUUAUUUGUUAUCAGGAUGGUUUCGUGCUUGUUGGCUCUGUGGCCGGUCAGCGAUACUGGUCAUCGAUGCUGAACCUGGAGUCGACCAUUACUUGUGGCAUUUGGACGCCAGACGAUCAACAAGUGUACUUUGGCACCACACAAGGCCAGGUGAUCGUGAUGGAUGUGCAUGGUGCGAUGGUAUCGCAGGUGCAGCUUUGUAACGAUGUUGGCAUAACAUCGAUGGCAUGGUCAUGCGAAAAGUUCAAAAUGGAAGAGGGUGAAGAAUCCGAGCCAGGUGUUACCAAUGCCUCUAAACGUUCUUUUGUAUUGGCUGUUAGCUUUCAAAAUGGUUUUAUAUACUUGCUAAAGUCAUUCGAUGAUGUAUCGCCUGCACAUAUCAACACUGGUCUAAAUGGCAAUCUUGGUCUACUCAUGGAAUGGAGUAAUUCGCGUGAACUGCUCGCUGUUGCCGGCACUUUGGAGACUUCGCUAAACAUGAUCGAUCAACAGGGCGCACCGCUUUAUGAAAAUAUGUUAAAAUUCUACACCGAAUCCGGCAAUAUGUUGUACCAGACAUGCCUACCAAAUACCUCUUCACCCGUAUCUGCUCUCACGUGGGGUCACAACGACAAACGUCUAUUCAUUGCGACUGGCACCCAAGUGCACAUUGCCUGGGUGUCGAGACGUAUAGCAUCGCUACAGCUUUUAUGUCGUCUACAAAUACAAGCGAGCAUUGGUUCGGAACGCACAUUGCCACUGUUACCUUUGCCGUCACGAAUUAGGAGUCUGAUUGGCAACCUUUUUGCUCAAACAAUAAGAGUAAGUCGGAAAUUUGGAGAUUAUUGUACGCGAUGCACUUCAAUUUGUUUUUCUUUUUGCGUACAGUGUUGUGUACCUGAUUUAAAAUCCUUACGUGAGUUCGUUUCUCGACCACCAAUGUGUUCGUCACGCUUUCACUGCACCAUGAUAAGGCACGACGAUGACACGAACCAAACUACGGGCACUUGCUAUACACUCUAUUUGGAGUACUUGGGUGGUCUCGUACCGCUUCUCAAGGGUAAACGUACCUCGAAGAUACGUCCAGAAUUUGUAAUAUUCGAUCCACAAGCGAAUGAUUCUCCGGUAUUUUUGCAAUACUCGCCGGAAUGGAAAAGCUCAUCUGGAUCCAGCCAAUCUACCACCACCGGACAAAGUGGAAGAACCGAUUCUUCCGAUAGCGAAUUUGAGGAACGGUAUCGCAGCUCACCGCGCGCACCACGCCAACGAAAGACGCGCCAAAAAAAGAACCAACAUGGCAAUGGUGAUAAGAAUUCAAUGAAUACCACUAUUGAACCCGAUAGCUUGGAUGAGCUCGCCUAUGUUGAUACACUUCCUGAAGAGGAGAAACUGGUUGAGGUUACCUCAAAUAUAUGGGGUACCAAAUUUAAAAUUCAUGGACUUGCUAAAACCGUCCCAGCCAAUUUAGGCCAAAUAACGUAUAAAACGUCCGUAUUACACCUGCAGCCAAGACAAAUGACACUAGUUAUAACUGAACUACGUGAUGACUUUCCUUCGGGGCCGGAUCCAAAUUUUAAUCCAAAUAUUUUCUCCGAAGACGAAGACGAUGUAGCUCUACUAAAUGGCGCCAGGGGUAAUGGCAAUAAUUACAAUCAAAUACAAGCAACAAUUGCAGAAUCGCAAGCGAAAGCAACAACAGCAGCGGCACAUCGUCGUCUUAACGAUUCAUCCCCACCAAUUGCACCGAUGUCACCACGACCUAAUCACCUAUUAGCGCGACACAAAAAUUCAUUAAAUGGCAAUGGAACACAGUGUACGAACGUUGGUGCUGGCAUUAGCCCAUUGGCCAAAGCAGAAUCCUAUGACGAUGAUUCCUCAACUGAGUCACAAGAUGUAAAUGGAUACCACAAUGGCGCCAGAGCAGCACUUCCUAACAGUACUUUACUUCAUGCCACCAACGGAACAAAUAAUAGCAAGCUAAUGCGUCCAAAAAAUAUUACUGCCACUACGCCAGGAAUACGUAGUAGUCUAGGUCCUGGUUAUAGUAGCUUUAAAAACAAUUACAGUCGUUCCAGUUCGAAUUCCAGUUGCCAGUCACGUCACGCAAUAUCGCCUUUAUAUUGUGACGGCUCGGUGCCAACACUGCAAUCACCAAAAAAUGCCGUUGCUCCUGCAGACAUAAUAUUCGAGCGCCCAGCUGUCUCGGGUACUGGUCAAACAACAGUAAUGUCAUAUUCGAGUAACACCGAUUACACCAAUAAUGUUGUGCAGGUAAAGAAUGCUUUGCUACCCGAAUUAAUUCGAUCUACAAACAGCCACGUCAACCCAGUGCCAUUGAAUCUAAAUUUGAAUCUUGAGCGUAUGGAUGCAAGACUGAAAUCUUCUGCGUGCAUUAGUAGUUCCACGCCGAUUACUAAUACUGUUAGCAGCAAUAAUACAAAACGACGUGAUAUUUUAUAUAUAGACGAAGAAACUCAGUCGCCCACGCAGCAGGCUUUGGUAGCCAUCACACCCAUAUCCACUACGCCUGGGGAAAUUCGCAUGAAACGUACAACUACGGUAGUUUCGAUUGCACCAGCUCUACCCGAUUCGAUUACCCGAAGUUGUAGUGUUGGUUAUUUGGAUUCAGUUGCUAUUACACCGUCCGACGAAGCUUUAAUGGCUUUGCGAAGAGAUGCGCCCGUUAAACGUUUAAUAUUAGUAGACAAACGCAGAACCAGAAAGAAGCGACAAAAUAACGAGGAUUCGCGCAAACCAAAAUUGGAAAAGUCGGGAAAAUCGAAGAGCCUCGAUUCAUGUGACUUAGUCUUCAGUCAAACUAAAUUAACCAGCAAGGAGCUUGACAAAAUUCCACAUAAACUCCAAGAAAUUGCUGAAGGUAACACCAGUGGCAACGAAACCAACCAAUUAACAACCUGUUUCAAAAGUCACCGAGGUGUUAAUCCCAACGAGCUGUGUAAACAAUGCCAGACGCCAAAGAGAACUGUGGGCGACCCCAAAAAGGAGGAAGCAAUACGCUUUGUGUCCACCAGCAAUAAAAAAGACUUCACUUUUGAAAGCAAGUAUAUGGAGCAACCACAACAACAAAGGAAAAAAAGCGGUAGUACGCCGAGAAAGAAAAAGUUGGAUGUAAUUACAAGCUUCACCGACAGUCCACUUUUUACACGUAAACAUCGAUUCGGUAUCAGAAGUAGAAGUAAAGAAACUGGCAGCAGUAGUGAAACAAACACCGAAAGCUCCACACCACUUUUGGGGCGCAAAAAUGAGAAUGGAUUUAGUUUCGUAAAACAAUUAACUGAGGUUCGUUGGCGACGUAGAGAGGCACAAACUAAUUUGAAUACUGUUAGAACUCAGUGUGAUCCGUUGGGGCAAAUGCAAGGUGGAAACGCCACUCUGAAUGCUGUUGAGGCAACGCCUGUGGAAGCAAAAGCUUCUGUUUCAUUACAAGCACAGGCACUUACUACAUUAGAGAACAUUAUCAGCCGAUUGCGCGACCUCGAUGAGGGUCGUCUCACACCACCUGCUACACCACAGCGCCUACCGCGCAGCUCUCCAGCUUCGCCUGCUGUCAGCAAAAAGAACAAACGUCAAAGCAGUUCCCCCAUUCGUCAAAUAUUAAAUUCACCUCUACUAAAUAGGCGAUAUCGUAAAAAACAAUGUCUCAUAGACAGUUCAGACGAUGAAGGCAAUGGAACAAAUGGGUCAGGCGAAGAAAACGGAGGCGCCAAUUACAAUAAACAAUAUCGUGAUUUGGAAACAUUCCAAAAGGCACAACUACUUCAAAAGCUAAAACGUGGGAAAAUUGAACCGAAUGGUUCUUCGAGCUAUUCAAAUCCAGCGCCAGUGAGACGAGAAUUUGUUAUGCACAACAAGGCGCCGAUGUGGAAUGAAUUGAGUCAGGUGUAUCAAUUGGACUUUGGUGGACGAGUUACACAAGAAUCUGCGAAGAAUUUCCAAAUUGAAUUUCGUGGUAAACAGGUUAUGCAAUUCGGGCGGAUCGAUGGCAACGCAUAUACACUAGAUUUCCAAUAUCCGUUUUCAGCAUUACAAGCGUUCGCUGUUGCACUGGCCAAUGUUACUCAACGGUUCAAAUAAGUAAACCAUUUAUUAGUCUGAUUUCAUACAGAAACCUGGAAAAAUCAGUUGUUCUAAAUAUUCAUCUUAAAAUACUAAAAAAGCUUCAAGUUUUAUUAUGUAUGUAUGUAUGCAUCUUCAAAUAUUUUUUUGCCAAAAAUAGGAUAGUCUAAAAAGUUCGGUGACAAAUUUGAGCAACGGCUAAGCGGUUUUUCCUAGAGCUAAGCUUUGAGUUCGCUAAACAUUUUACAAACCUCAAUUGAAUUCAAUUUCAUGCAUUUAAGCAAAUUUAACAAAUACCGAAACUGAUGAUUUUUUGAGGGCACAAAGUGUGG